AUGGCUGCCGCGUCGUUCAUCCAGCAAGGCAAGAAGAUUGUGGCCAUCGGCCGCAACUACGGCGAGCACGCCAAGGAGCUCAACAACGCCAUCCCGAAGGAACCGAUCAUCUUCCUCAAGCCUACGACGAGCUACCUCGCCUCCGGCGGGAACGUCGAGAUCCCCAACGGCGUCGUCGCGCACUACGAAGUCGAGCUCGGCGUCGUCGUCAGCAAGCGCGGCCGGAACAUCUCCGAGUCCGACGCAGAGAGCUACAUCGCCGGCUACGCGCUCGCGGUGGACAUGACGGCACGAAACGUGCAGGAGGAAAUCAAGGCCAAGCGUCUGCCCUGGACGAUUGCCAAGGGCUUCGACACCUUUACGCCCAUCAGCGCGUACGUGCCCAAGGACGCCGUGGCGGACGCCGCGAACCUCGGCCUGACUCUCAAGGUGAACGGGACAGUCCAGCAGGACGGGAACACCAAGGACAUGCUCUUCCCAGUCCCGCGCCUUAUCCAGCACAUCUCUACGAUCAUGACGCUCGAGGAAGGAGAUCUCAUCCUCACGGGCACGCCGUCCGGCGUCGGUCCUGUUGUUCCGGGCGACAAGGUCGCGUGCACCCUCACGGACAGCACGGGCAAGUUGCUGGCCACGCUCGACUUCAACGCCGUGCAGCGGGAGGGAGGCUAUCUUUACAAGCCUGAGUAG